GUCUUUAACAAGAAGAAUGGAGGAAUCCCUGUACUGCUGGCUAAAGGUUUGAAGUAGACUGCCACAGAACUUGCAGAUGUUCAGCUGCUUUCAGAAUCAGGCUGAUUGUGUGUGAAAUGAAAUGGCCACAAGAGAGCAGCAGAGGACAAGGAAUGGGAGAACGGCUGGCUCUAGUUAUUGACCAAGCUGAAAAUGGAUAUGAUACCUUUAAGGAGACAUUUUUCUGAGCAGUCCUAUUUCGGUUCACUUCCCCUUGAAGAGGCUUCUUGUAUAAUGAGACUCUUAAGCGGGUGAUGAUUAAUUUCAGCCAGAUCUCUUGUUGCUAACACUCAGUCCUGGGCAGCCAGGCUUUGUGUGUUUAGCAGAAGGCAGCUCAUUGCAUGACACUGAGACAAACACCCAAAACAAACUCGGAAGGAGGGAGGCAUCUCAUGGAAAAGCGUAUUUCCAGCCAAAACCAGAUCCCAGAUCUGUACUGCCCCAAACUUGGAGAGGUUUGAGAUCCUGAUCUGCCUUUGUGAUUGGAGCCCAUCUCUAUGGACAACUCCCUGUGAAUAUUAUUAUAGAUCUAAUGAUUUAGAUUAUACAGUGGCAAAUAUUUGCCAAGAUAGAAUUCCGACCUGGGGUUGGACUCCUACGUAACAGACGGGUGAAAAGGGAAUAGAGGGCUCCUCCCCCUCUGAGCUCACUGGUGGACAAUCUUUCAUAAGCAUAAAAGAAACUGAAAGUUCUGUCUUUUCUCUCUCCUGGGGGCCAUGGCGACUGCUGCUAAUCCUGUCAAAAAUCUCCAGGACGAAGUGACUUGUUCUCUUUGCCUGGACUAUUUUAAAGACCCAAUAAUAAUCACAAAAUGUUCCCACAGCUUCUGCCGAGCCUGUAUCACCCAGCACUGCAAGGACCCAGGAACCGAUGUCCGCUGUCCUCAUUGUAGGAAGAGCUUUCAGCAGGAAAACUUAAUCUCAAACAGGCCGCUGGCCAACAUGGUGGAAAUAGUCCAGCAGUGUCUGAACAGAACUGCCAAAAAACAGGGAGAGGAAAGUGAGGCAGAGAAACACCAGGAAGUAUUGAAACUCUUUGGUGAAGAUGAUCAAGAAGCCAGUGAAGCCUGGGCUCGGAAUUCUCAAGCUGGGCUUCCCCCAGACAGGAGAGCAUGGGAGACCAAGGCAAAAUUGGAAAUAAGUGAGGUCUCCAAGCAAAUUGAAAUAGCCCAAGAUGCCAUCAGCAGCAGCAAGCAGGCCAGCGCUGAAAUGAAUGAAUACAUGUCUCAUAUCAAAGGCUUGAUUACUGAAGACUUCUGUGCCAUGAAACAGUACCUUGAAACACAAGAGAGAGCCACACUGAUGGUCAUUGGACAAGAGCAACAAGUGGCUCAACAGAAAAUAGAAGAAAUGAUUGGCCAUCUCACUGCGAAAUUGAACAUGCUCACAGAAAUCAAAACCCAGCUGCAGAACAGGCUGCAAAAUAACGCGAUGGAGCAGAUGAGCGAUACAUCAUCCAAAAGAGAAAUUUACAUAGGCUCUCCGAUAAUAUUGAAUAAAAUUACUCUUGAUGCUAAGAAGAUUUGUGUUGUCACAAGUGCUGUAGAAGAGCUCAAGAAGCAAUUGGAAAUGUUAAUAUUGAAGAAAUAUCCUGCCCAGCUGCCACAAGAACCUGUAGCUUUGCGUCAGGAGAGGAGUGUCUGUUCCACAUCUGUGGUGUCUGCAUUUGACAAUCCAGAACCGGUUAUUUCAAGUCAGUUUUCUCAGUGGGCAGUGAACGUGACCUUUGAUCCCCAAAGAAUCCAUCGUAACCUGGAGAUCACAUCUGAGAAUAAGAAAGUGAUUGUAUCCCGUUUUCCACCUCCUUAUGAACCAACUCCCAAGAGAUUCUGCGUCAGCCAAGUGAUGUGUUCUCAAAGUUUCUCUGAAGGACGCCAUUAUUGGGAAGUAAGUACCAAGGACAGCGGCGGAUGGGCUGUUGGAGUUGCUGAUGGAAAUAUUGGUAGAAAAGAUCAGCUGGGGAGAACUGAACUAUCCUGGUGUGUGGAAUGGACUGGUAAGAAUAAACAGUUGUCAGCAUGGCACAGGAACCAGGAAACCCAGUUAAGUGAAGACCGACCCCUGAAGGUUGGAGUUUUCCUUGAUCUUGCAAACAAGCACCUGUCAUUUUAUUCUCUCACUCAUAAAGAAACCCUCUUGCAUACAUUUGAAAUCAAUAUCCUACAUCCUGUUUACCCUGCUUUCUGGCUGUAUGGUUUGGAUGAAGAAGGAUCCUUAACUAUAAAUCAUAUCAACAGGGACUAGUCUGCAGUUCUUAUGGAAACUGAAGAUUUAAGCUGUGAAUUUCAGGGUUGCAAGAGCUUUAUGUUUUGGAUGUGAGGCUUUUAUAUCAUGAUGCAGGGCUACCAUCUCUAGCAUAGUGGGAAGGUAACAGCUGAUAUGUUUUCUUCUUCUGCUUUUCUCUAUUUUCUCCCUCCUUGUUACAAAUCCUGCCUGAUCUGCCCUGUCUUUGUUAAAGCAGGGUCUGGGGGUGUUAUGUUUAACUCGGUUACACUCCCUGUUUUCCUGCACCUUAACUUAGCUUAACUUUUUGCUCAAGCACAGGCCACAAUUGUGUCUUCUCAUAAAGCUUUAGGUAGAGUCAAACCUCAGAGCUAUUGUAUGUAAAACCCUGAAUGUAGCUGUUCUUAACAGUUCCCAGUCAGCUUGAAAAAGAGAGUACCUACAUUUUCAUGGCACACAAACAUUUAAUACACUCAAAAACAUUGUUAAUAAUAUUUGGAAUACUUAGGAAUAAUUUCUCUGAAGCUAUUUAGUAAUAAAUCUCCUGUGUUUGCCAUAGAGACCUCCCUGCUUUGUUGCUGUUACAUAUAUCUAAAUGCAAGGCUUUAACAUACAUUUACACUUCUGUACCUGGGUACACACAUUCCUCUGUGAUCUUCUUUCAGAGAUGAUAUCUCAAAUGCUAUAGUGUCUAAUGACUGCCACACCCUACUUCUGCAUAUUUUUGGUCUCUUCUAGCUGAGUUGCCCUGUCCUGCACUUGUGCACAGAUGUAGUAUUCAAACAAAAGUCUGUCUUCUCCCCAUUGCUUUCUCUCCCCUUUCUUUGGGCCCUGCAAAAUUCAAAUGCUGCAGUACAGAGUACAUUGACAUGUGCCUAAGUGUUUGUAAGAUCAGGGCCCGAAGAGUAAAAUUUUGCUCUCUGAUCUUCAUGGAGGAUCUAGGCUCCAAUAUUUGCGUAUUUCCAACAGUGAAGAUUUCUGCACGGUUAGGGAAAGCAGAACAUUGGCGUUUACGGCCUUGAUCUCGUAAACAUUUACAAAUAUGCUUAACUUUAAGCACAAGUCUUCCCUCUGACUGAAGUCAUUAGGACAACACUUGUGCUUAAAGGUAAGCACAUUCAUAAGUUUUUGCAGGAAUCUAGGAAUGUAGGUCUGUUGUGUGGAUCCGAGAGAUGAUGCACAUGGGAUGACAUGCAGGUUAGUUGGCCUGGGCACAUAACCACAGUGAUAUUUCUUUCCCCAAGUUGACUUGGAAAAGAGAGAAAGAGCAGCAACAAAGUGGGGAGCAUACUGAACAGGAUCUGGGCAUUUCUAAUUUCCCAAAUGCAGGCUGAUCGCGGCAGCUCCAGGACUGUAAUUUGUUAUUCUUUGUAAAAUAACCCUCCCGUAUAAUCUGAAAAUGGGCACUUUACAUUGGUUCUGGUUUUUCAUACAUACCAUCUGCAUGUCUCAUUUGCUGUCUUUUACUUUGUGUCAUUGAUGUGGAUGAUAUUUUUAUUAAAAUACAUGAAAAUCUGA